AUGAGGCCUAACCCCAAUCCUAAUCCAGACCAAAAUGUAAUCUUGGACUCAGAGAGCUUCGAUGUAAUGGUGCAUGAGAUCGGAGAUGCAGAGAGAGAGGCGAUUGGUCUUUAUUUCUUGACAUUUAAGAGGCUGAAGGAUUACUGGAUGACUCGGGACGAAAUCAAGCAUAUGCUCGGCCAGGCCCUUGAUUUCACCCGAGAGGCAGCGGCUGACCCUCAACACGCGGCCCUGGAUAAAAUACCGAUCGUGGUGGGCAUUGAGGUCUGCACUGUCCAACAAGACGGCGAGUCCGUUGAGGCUGCUAUGGGCCGGGCAAUCAGGGCCCAGUACUUGGUGCCCUUGUACCUGUGGACCAAGGAGACGCCAAAGCAGUACAAGCUGAGGGAGUAUGGGGUGCGCUGGUUAUACUUUUUGAGGAAACUGGGCAAGAUAAGAGUUGAAAAUGUUGACGAGGGGUUGGCUCUUAUGCCUGCUUGUCAUAUUUGCUCUAGGGCUACGACCACAGGUGCUCAAAUAACUGUGCUCCCUAGUUGUGGCCAUGCUUUUCAUACCCGUUGUGUUUGGGUGUGGUUGGAGAAUAACGAAAAGUGCCCGUUGUGCGGUGACUCUGUCGUAUGA